UCGUUAUGGAAAAGCACAUUUUAGAUUUCACAGCCUCCUUUCCGAUUAAUCGUCGUCCUCUCGUCGGAUUUAAAAAGUCUGGCCUCCCACCGACCGAUUCACCAACUCAAACCAGACAGAGACCGGAGAUAGAGAUAGAGAUAGAGAUAGAGAAAGAGAAAGAGAGACUAGAAAUGGAGAAGGCGAUCGACAGACAAAUGGUUCUCCUCCGUCAUCUUCAACCUUCUCCUGCCGUCCAACCUGCGAUCCUCUCGACUGAGGUGUGUGCGGCCGAUGCCAAUGCUGCAACGUGUCAGGGUUCUUCCUCUGGGGACGACGUGGUUAUCGUGGCUGCUUGCCGAACUCCCAUUUGCAAGUCCAGGAAAGGGGGCUUCAAGGAUACAUACCCUGAUGAUCUUCUAGCACCUGUUCUUAAGGCAUUGUUGGAUAAGACUCAAUUGCACCCAAAUGAGGUUCGUGAUAUUGUUGUUGGUACAGUCUUGGCACCAGGAUCUCAAAGGGCAAUUGAGUGCAGGAUGGCAGCGUUUUAUGCUGGAUUUCCAGAUACUGUUCCUAUAAGAACAGUCAACAGACAGUGUUCCUCUGGUCUCCAGGCUGUUGCUGAUGUUGCAGCUUAUAUAAAGGCUGGUUUUUAUGAUAUUGGCAUUGGUGCUGGGUUGGAGUCAAUGUCUACAGAUCCAGUCAAAUGGGAUUGGCCUCACAACCCCAAAGCAUUGAUGUUUGCUCAAGCACGAGACUGUCUACUUCCAAUGGGCAUUACAUCAGAGAAUGUGGCUCAUCAAUAUGGCAUAACAAGAGAGGAGCAAGAUCAGGCUGCUGUUGAAUCUCAUAGGAAAGCAGCUGCAGCAAAUGCUGCUGGAAAAUUUAAAGAAGAAAUAGUUCCUGUUGUUACCAAGAUUGUAGAUCCAAAUUCUGGAGAGUCCAAGCAAGUCAUAAUUACUACAGAUGAUGGUAUACGUCCAGACACAUCCAUGUCAGUUCUCACAAAACUUAAACCGGCUUUUACGAAGGAUGGAACCACAACAGCUGGUAAUUCUAGUCAGAUCAGUGAUGGUGCUGGAGCAGUCCUCCUCAUGAGAAGAGAGAUAGCAAUGAAAAAGAAGCUCCCAAUAGUCGGUGUAUUCAGGAGUUUUGUUGCAGUUGGAGUAGACCCUAGUGUCAUGGGAGUUGGUCCUGCUGUUGCAAUCCCUGCUGCAGUGGAGGCUGCUGGUCUUCAGCUCAAUGACAUUGAUCUCUUCGAAAUCAAUGAGGCUUUUGCUUCCCAGUAUGUAUAUUGCUGCAAAAAACUAGGCUUAGACCCUGAGAAAGUAAACGUCAAUGGGGGAGCUAUGGCUCUUGGACAUCCUUUAGGUGCUACAGGUGCCCGUAGUGUAAGUACUCUCUUGUACGAAAUGAAGCGACGUGGCAGCCGGUUUGGAGUCAUUUCGAUGUGCAUAGGUUCUGGUAUGGGAGCUGCCGCUGUGUUUGAGAGUGGUUAUGAUUAAAUUUUGCCAAUUAAUUUAAGCAUAGUUGCUUUCAACAUGAUAAUUGUGACACUUUGAUAUCUUGUUUGCUUAUUUCAUCUUACUUUUUCAUUUAAGAUUCUGGACUUGUAUUGGAUAGAAGGGAGAUUAGGAUGGUGACAGGCUUGAAAUGAUAAACAAUCCUACCAUUUAAGACAUUAAUAAUUAAAUUUCAAAUUGUGUUUCAUGACACAAUCUUCUAUACAAAA